AUGACCGGCAUUUCCCAUGUUUCCACUUUGAUCCUGUGCGCUUGCAUUCUCGCAUCCUUUCAACUAUCGACUACCAAUGCUUGGACAACCACCAGCAGCAGCAGCAGCAGCAGCAGCCAUACUCUAAUCUCGGCUAGACGGCAGCAGCAGCAGCAGCAUUCGACUCUAUCAUUGAAUGUGGCGAGUCCCGACAUGUCCUCCCUGUCUGGAUCAGGGUCAGGCUCAGGUUCAUCGGCAUCGACUGCUUCCAAGUCCAAAACUAAAAGUAAAAGUAAUUCUAGUUCCAAAGCUGACGCCGCCAUUGUCGAUUGGGACUGGGCCGCCGUCGCCAAGGACGUCUUUCAGGAGGAUUCGAGGCCCAUUGUGUUAUUUGAUGGCGUCUGCAACCUUUGCAAUGGCGGCGUCAACUUUGCCAUUGACCACGACGAAGAUGCCAAACUGCGAUUUACCUCUCUACAAAGUAAAGUGGCCCAAUCGUUAUUGUUGAGAAGUGGAAUGGAUCCCAAGGAAGCCAACAUUGUGUUGGUGACCAAAAAUAAGGCCUAUUUUUCGAGCGAUGCCGUGUCCAGAAUCUGUCUGCAAUUGGAUACUGACAGUCUCAAAUUGGUGGGUAAAAUGGGAAUGGUCACACCCAAUUGGAUCCGAGAGGCCUUGUACAAAUACGUCUCUUCCAAUCGAUACUUUUUUGGAGAAAAUGAUCAAUGUCGAAUUGAUUUUGAUGGAACCUAUACCAGUCGCUUUGUGUCGGAUCCAAUGACCGUCGGGGAAUCAUCGUCGUCUUCUUCUUCGUCUUCGCCUUCGAGUUAA